GUUCGCGAAAAAAUGCCCUACAAUCCGUUUCCACCCGCUCCUCCAAAGUCGCGCUUGGAUGAAGAGUUGGAGCAGGGAACAUACUUUUUGUCCCAAGCGGAGCAGCUUUCAGCACAAACUGGCGCCAAACUUCGAGCUUCAGAGGCUAUUUCACGAAAGCGGCAACUCGAACAAAGGAUGGCCGCCUUCAUCCCACCAGAGAAAAAGAUUCGUUACGACCACCUAUCCCCGAGUAACAAGGAGUAA